AAGAUUAGUAUCAGCAGAAAUGUCGGGAGCACAAGGAGCAGAGCCGAUGGGGUCAAGAACGGCGACAACAUAUGAGUCGGUGGAAGGAGGAAAGAACAAGACGAAGCUUGAUAUAAAGCCAAAGGAAGACGAAGGUGGGAUUCAAGUUGACAAGCUUCAGGAUAAGGUCUCUGAUGCUGCUGGACUUGGCUGACCUGUCCUUUGGUGCUGGUAAAGUCGUAAAGAUGACAAUAAACAGGAUCUUGGUGUUACCGGAACCGGCUAGAUCCACGUUUUAAAGAAGAUAAUGAAGUUUCUAAUAAAUAGUUAAACUAAAUUAGCCAAUUCGAUUUGUAAGUAAUAUAAUUGUGUUAUGGAUAACCGUCAAAAUAAAUGAUGCGGCCCAAAAAAGAGAAAUACUGUAGUAAAUUAAUCUAGUGGCUAUGGGCCUAUGCUUUAUUGUCUAUGGGAUUGGGCCUGUAAAACUCCAAAUAUUCAUGGUCUUAAACAAAGAGCCCACAUGUUAUUAUC